AUGAGCGGAGUUGAUGCUCACUUCUUCACUUCCGGCCACAACUUUAUCUCCCUGGGUUCAGGGAGGCGGUCAGGCUGCAGCGGGCAGGGCUGGGACGUGGGCCAGACAUCCACCCCCGAGAGCAUCCACCUUGUCCAUCUGGAUCCUGCGGAGGAGUCUGCCAAGUCCAAGUCGUUCUACCUGAUUAGGGACCUGCUGGACAAGCGCGGGCCGCGGGCGAGCACGCCGCAGCCAGCCAAGCCUCAAGGCGGCAGGCCAGCAGUUCGAGGCCUCAGGGAUCCGGAUGUGAUGAAAAGGAGCCACCACCGAGGGGACGAGCGCGGCGGGAGCGCAGCCGAGAGCCGAGGGGCGGCGGGUGCAGAGGCGGAGCGGGCUAGCCGGCCUGGGCAGGGGCCAGGGCCCGAGCGCGGGGCGGGCUCGGAGGGCCGCGCGGGGGCGGCAGCCGCGGCCCACAGGCCUCCGGGGCGAUGUGGCCGCUGCCCCAGCCGCGCUAACUUUCCCGGACGGAAGAGGAGGAGGAGGAAGAGGAGGAGGAAGGGGCUUGGAGCGACCAGGGCUGGGGUGGGAUACGGAGUCGGGUCCCUGAGCCGAACGCGUCCCGAGCGUCCCCGGGUGCGCCCGGCGGGGCGGCGAGCGAGGCGGCGGCUGCGGCGCGGCGCGGUGCGGUGGCGGCGCGGGGCUCGGCGCAGCGGGCCCAUGUCCGGCGCGGGCGAAGCCCUGGCUCCCGGGCCCGAGGCGGGCGGCGGCCGCCAGGGCUCUCCGGCCCACGAAAAAUGUGACAAAGAAAAUACUGACAAAGAUAUAACUCCAGCUACUAACAGCCACUUCACACAUGGAGAAGUGCAAGACCAGUCCAUUUGGGGAAAUCCUUCAGGUAGCGAACUCAUCAGAACCCAACCUCAGCGCUUACCCCGGAUUCAAACUUCAGCACAAGAACUCAGCGAGGAGGAACUCGGCAAGAUAAGAAAUGGCGGCCACGUGGGCUUGAGCAAUGGGAAUGGAAUUCAUCACGUGGCCAAACAUGUGUCCACGGAUCAUCGCAAACUUUCAGCGCCUGUUUCUCAGAAAAUGCAUCGAAAAAUUCAAUCCAGCUUGUCUGUAAACAGCGAUAUGAGCAAGAAGAGUAAAGUUAGUGCCGUCUUUUCCCAAAAGACAGGCUCUUCACCUGAAGAUUGCUGUGUCCACUGUAUCCUGGCAUGCCUGUUCUGUGAAUUCCUCACCCUCUGCAACAUUGUCCUGGGACAAGCUUCGUGUGGCAUCUGCCCCUCGGAAGCCUGCUGCUGCUGCUGUGGGGACGAAAUGGGAGAUGACUGUAACAGUCCUUGUGAUAUGGAUUGUGGCAUCAUGGAUGCUUGUUGUGAAUCAUCAGACUGUUUGGAAAUCUGUAUGGAAUGCUGUGGAAUUUGUUUUCCUUCAUAAAUAUUUAUCUUUUCUUUGUGUUAAAACUGGAGAACCUUUUAAACUUUUCUUGUUAGGGGGCAGAGAAGCAUGUGGUAAGAUUCUCAUGCAACAACCCAGUAUUUGCACUGUUGACUCAUUAUUCUAAGUAUUAUUUGAAAACCAUGUUCUCUCACCAGAUGUACUUGGUUUAAUAUGUGAAAGUCCAACUCUUUAUUUACUUCUUUUAAACCUCUUAAUAAGCUUCAAUAAUUGAGGAGCCCAACACUUUCCCCUCAGUUGUUAAGUUUCUGUUAUGUUUCUAUUUACUUCUAACCAUUCUCAGGAGCUCCUUGCUCCAAGUGUAUUAUUUCCAGAGGGUAUUUAAGCUGGAUGCCUUAUUUUCUGUGUUUAUGUAGUCAUGAUUACAACUUGCCAUUCCUGAUUUUGCAGUAACUUUGAGACACAAACUCACAUGAACCUGGGCACCGCACAUUGCUCUCUCAAGAUUUGGUGCUCUGGCUUUUGCACCUGCUCAGAAGACCGGAGAACCUAGUGUGUGUGCUUUCCUUGCCCACGCUGCUCCCCACACGGUGUGCAACACAGCGAAAGAAAGACUCCUGCAACGAAUGUGAAGCAACAGAAGAUACGUUGAUGUACAGAUGACGGGAGGGAACUCAAGGCUCUGGGAAUGCCCGCAGCUCCCAGGACAUGCUGGCAGGCUUCAAGGAGGAUUUGUAAUUUGCAGAGGCCUCGUAGGAUAGGUAAUUACUUCAUCUGCUACUUGAAAGAGUUCUUUAGAUUUAGGACAAGGUUUUACGUGGACAGCUUGAACUAUUAUUGCAUUUAUUAGUUAAAAGAAAUAAAAAGGCCUUCUGCAUGCAUUUUUAAAUUUUAGAGAUAUCAUUUUUUUUCAUAUUCAGUUUACCAAAUUAUGCAUUUUCUUACACAUGAUGGAAAUGUACUUAGAAAAUUUUGGAUGAAAUUUAUAAAAUUGACAAUGGGUAAUUGAAAUAUCUUUUUUAAAAUAAAGAAUAGGAUAUUCAUUUGAAACUUCUUCAUGCAAGGGAUAUUUUAAAAUUUCACUCUUUUGAGGUUUUUUUUGUUUGUUUGUUUUCUAUUUGAAGAGCUUUCAAUGUGUUUGUGGGUGUUUGUUGUUUCUUUUAAAGGUUUUCUUAGCCAUUGUUCUGUUGUAUAAACACAAUUCAUAUUAAAUUCAAACCAUUCCUUCCACUUGAAUUAGAAUCCAGUUAUCAACUCUGGCCAAAUUUCAGGUUUUCAUUUUAUGUUAGAUUAAGUCAAUAUGUCAUGUUACGCAGAUCCUUAAUUAUUUUUAAAGUCAACUGAAAGACCAAUUGUAGAGUUCUGAAAACAGAGACUGUGUGCCAGAAAAGGAGAGUCGUUUUUCAUCCUUUGUUUUCACCUACUAAGUUUAAUCACUCCAAAAUUGUAGUUCCAUAUGACUUCAUGUAAUUCCUUACAGAAGUUUCCCAAAUACACUUUAGGGUUGAUAAUUAUUUUAAUUUUGUCUGGACAUCAAAUUGUUGAUAAGAACAAGCAUAUUUUUCAGAAGUCUUUAACAAAUUUAUGCUUUAAAAAAUUUCUUAACCUGAGGUAUGGGAAUAGCACCUUUUUUUCCCCCCUUUGGAAACCUGAUUUCUAGUUAUGUGAAUAUCAUUACAACAAAGACUCAAAAGAAACUUUAGCAAACUCUUGAACCUCCUCUUUAUGCUGUUUGCACACACACCUUGAAAUUUUGGGGCUUAAGUAAAAUUCUAGCACUCAGCUAUCGUCCUUAUCCAACCCAGAGGUGACCUUGCAUCUGUUAUGUCAAAUACAAGGAGACUUUCCUCCCAUUUCACAUAAACCAGAAUCUGAAUAUUUGCAUAUGUCAGAAGUUAACCUGUGCUUAUGCAUCUGGGUAUAAGAAUAUUAUCUGUUCCUAGACAUAUAAAGUCUCCAAAUGAUCUGGAACUGUUAGAAUAUUUGACCUUUUCUCCUGCAAAAAUUUCUAUCUAAGUGGUUGAUCUGAUAUUUAAAUACAGCCUGUUACAUUUUGUGAUGAAAAUAUUAACACGUUUGAAAUGCUUCUCUGUAGAGAACAUAAAUGCAUAUGAAAAUUUUAUUUUCAUAUUUAUAUUGUAGUAUUUUUCUUCUGCUGUCAAUGUCAGGCAGUCGUUUCAUAAACCAUUUGGUAGAAUUUAAAGAAAAAAGGAAAACAGGCAAAUGUGAAUAUAAUUUCCAUCUAUGUUAGAAUUUCUGUGUGUAAAAUUGUUGACUUACAUGGUCCUCGUGACGAAGUGCCAUCAUUUGCAGUUCAUCAAAUUUGGUCUGUUUUUAAAUGUGGUAGCCAACGUGAAUAUUUUUAAACUGGACCUGUAUUCUAAUACACUAUUUUGAAAGAAAAUAAAAGUAUCUUUUUACUGUU